UUCUUCGUGGACGACGAACCUUCUCUCAUCUCAAACGGACGAACCUUCUCUCUCACAAACAGGGUUCAGCGGUGUGCCAGUCAUCCAUUUCUUUGCCAUCGGUUGGUUGCGUUGUUUGCUGCUGUCAAGAUGAAGAACCGCCGCAAUAACAAGAAAAAAGGAGGCCGAAAGAAGGGCAAGAAGCCUGCCGAGGCCGAGGCCAACAAUGACAACAAGAACAAGAGCAACACUUGUGGUCGAGCUCCAACGUUGACGGCAGAGCUUUCCAACAUGGAGAAGCGUGGUCUAUACCUUCAUGGAAUGCCGACAGGAUAUGUUGAUGCAGUGAGUGGUGACGCUUUGCAAGCUUUCCUGGACGACUUGUUCUCCGGUUGGCGCAGCAGCAUUACUGACCUGCAGAUGCUACACCUGGCCCACCCUAUCUUGGAUCAACCAGGCAUGGCCCAGUUUCUUUAUGGACUUGCAGCAAUGUAUUUGAUUCAAGGGAUUGUUGAUACAUCCAAAAAUGAUACUCCCCUCUGGAAGGUUUUCGGAGCCGCAAUUUACACUGACAAAUGUGAAAAGCCUUCUCCUACGGAUCAGAGGUGUCAGCUGAUUGGAAAGGCAGUUCGUGUGCAAUGGUACUUUGUCAAACAUAUUGGAAGCCUGAAAGACAUAGUUGUCUACUUGGACAAGAAGGUCCCUUGUGACUGCUUGGGGGGAGUAAAAAAGGUGGCCCUCGAGGUUGAAGAGGAUCGACAUUGUGACCAAUGCAGAAGGUACACGAAGAACGCCAUGUGGUGUUCAGAAUGCAUCAUGGCGGAGUAUUGCAGCAAAGAAUGCCAGAUUGCUCAUUGGCCGAAGCACCGAAUUCAAUGCGACCUUUUCUGUGGAAAGAUCACAGCAGCCGAAUUCGAGCGGCUUCUUGGGGAACUGUAAUGUGGGCAACAGUGACGACCACCAGGGCGGCAGCAACAACAACGACAACGAUGAACAACGGCGACAGCAGCAACAAAACAGACGCUUGCACAGGGAAUGUUUUUUGGGUGCGUUCAUUGCAUUCCUUUCAUGAAAAUCGGAGCAAUCGACGGUCCUAAAUACUUUGCCUCCAGAAAGAGAUGGUAAGAUAUUAUAGAAUUGAAUUUUAGCAGCAGAAAAGUUUGAGAACCAC